AUGAACCACAUAACCAACCCAAACGAACCCUUCCCAACCCCCUCCGCCCUCGCCGCCGCAACAACAACCCACACCCAGCGCAACUUCCGCGUCGCCUCCCGCAAGCUCCCCAUCUCCAAAGCCGGCCCCAUCGACGACAUGACGGCCUCGCUCGGCAUCCCCGUCCCCGAAAUGAUCUUUGGCGACAACCUCGUCUCCGUGUCCCACGUGCCGACGGGCUGGUCCAUCGCCUUCAACGCCUACGACGCGCUCGACGCCGUCGACAAGACGGACAAGAAGAUGCUGCAGGUCGCCUACGCGCGCGACUGGUCCUCCUCGCGCGAGAAGACGAGCGCGGGCAUCAAGGAGGUCGUGAAGCCGUACGACUGGUCCUACUCCACCGAGUACCGGGGGACGCUGGAGGAGCCGACAGGAACCGCGGGCGCGCAGCAGGAAGCGCAGGAGAACAAGAACAAACUCGAGGAGACGACGACGAGGAUGAUACCCCUCGAGCUCCUCAAGCGCCGCGACCCGAUCCUCUUCUUCGACGACGUGGUGCUCUUCGAGAGCGAGCUCGACGACAACGGCAUCUCGAUCGUCAGCGUAAAAGUCCGCGUGCACGAGAAGCGCAUGCUGCUGCUGUGCAGGCUCUUCAUGCGCCUCGAUAAUGUGAUUGUGCGGAUCCGGGACACGAGGGUGUACGUCGACUUUGAGACGGACGAGGUCAUUCGGGAGUACACGGCCAAGGAGGAUAGCUUUGACAGCGUCAAGCGGUCACUAUUCAUGGAGGGCAGGUUGCCAGAUGACAUUGUCAUCGCGCUGCGUGAUCCAAACCUACUCUACAACCUGCUGCCGACUGUGGAGCAGACGGUACAGAGCGUAUUCCUCAAGAAAUGA